AUGGCUGGUGCAGAUAUUCAGUUUCAUGUUUUGGCAGUUGAUGACAGCAUCAUUGACAGAAUGCUAAUUGAAAGGCUCCUCAGGACCUCAUCAUUUCAAGUUACUGCAGUGGAUUCAGGAAGCAAGGCUCUGGAGUUUCUGGGUUUGCGAGAGGAUGAAGAAAGAGGUCCGAACCCUCUUGUUUCAUCAAACCAUCACAGCCCAGAAAUCUCUAUCAAUUUGAUCAUUACAGAUUAUAGCAUGCCGGGAAUGACAGGUUAUGAUCUUCUUAAAAAGAUAAAGGAAACCAAAUCACUCAAAGACAUACCAGUCGUGGUCAUGUCCUCUGAGAAUGUGCCUUCAAGGAUUACCAGAUGUUUGGAAGAAGGUGCAGAUGAGUUCUUCCUGAAGCCAGUUCAGUUGUCAGACGUGAACAAGCUUAGACCCCAUUUGCUAAAAAGAAGAGCUGUCUAAUGAGAGAGCUGGAAACCCAAAGACAAAGGCCCUGGCACCUCACACACAUUUUAUUUCUUUAGUUUUGGAUCCUCUCCCCUGUUUCUCUGCGAGGGAGAUAGAUGAAAACUCCCUUCGCAUUCUCCAUUCUUUCUUUCUUUCUUUCUUCCCUUUCCAAUUUCUUGUCUAUAGAGACUGGAUGGACAUUUAAUCUGUGUUUUGGAGCAUAGAAUUUGAAAUUUGGAUUUAGAUAAGUAUAAUACAAA